UUAUAGAAGUGAAAAACCGGCUACGUGAAGAAUUUCAAAAAAUAGAAGUGUUAAACCGAGCAAAAAGUGAAGAAUACGAGCAAAUAAACGAAAUAAGUGACAGAGGGAAGCGGGAGGAAGUAUUUUUCCAUCGGAAUUACCGUGAAAGAGCGAAAAAAAGUGAAUUAGAAAACUAGAGAAACUGAUCGGCGUGCACAAAAGAGAAAAAAGAAGAAAAACAAGUGGAUAGAUUAAAUACAGAGAAAAAGAAGAUAUAGUUUAAGAAGAAGAGAAAAAGCAACAGUAAACAAAUCGAGUAAUUUUAAUGCAAAAGUGAAUAAGAUAGGACAAGGGAAACCGAGAGAGAAACAAAAUGAGUAGAAACUCUCAAAUCCAAACCAGGCAGAGAUAUACGAAGACAGCGGUAGGAGUAAAGCAGAACGCAAGGAAGAACCACAACGCUAACCAGCCACAGGUGGGGGCAAAAGAGGGCACGAUCGAUCCGCCAGAGCAUUGGACCGGAGAAGUGCUCUAUCUGGAACCAAUCGAUUUCGAACAACCCACCCAACAGCACCCGGUGGACGUAGGGAAAUGCUUGCGGCUACACAACGUCACAGGAUUCCGAGACAUCCAGAUGAUUGGCAAGUUCCGGUUCAAGGUUACCUUCGGAACCACGGAAGAGGCAAGGAAGCUAACAGGGUUAACGAUGAGGGAGCACAACCUGAAGUGCUACGUGCCGCAAACGUUCCGGGAAAGCAUCGGGCUGGUGAAAGAUGUUCCAUGCAAAUACGGAGAGAAAGAACUGCUGGAGGAGAUCGAAGCAGACGUAGCCAUCACGAAGGUCGAAAGGGUACACCGGAUGGACCAAGCAAAGAAGCUAGUACCGACGAAGAAUGUGAAGGUCACGUUCAAGGGCAAGGAGAUUCCAGGGUACGUCGUGUUGUACGGUUGCAAAAUGAAAGUGGACCUUUUCCUGUUUCCGGUUAAGCAAUGUAGGAACUGCUGGGGGUACGGCCACAAGACGAACAUCUGUAAACGGUCGAAAAAAUGCGGAGCUUGCGGGAAACCAUCCAGCGAACACGACGAGCAGUGCAUCGAGUUUCGGUGCAUCAACUGUCAGGGAAAUCACGCAGCGGAUGCCCAAGAAUGUCCAGAACGGCGAAAACAGCGAAAAAUAUCCGAAAAAAUGCAGCAAAACAAACUAACGUACAAAGAAGCAAAGAGCAGCUUUCUGCAGAAUCAAUUUCAGCUGCUGCAGGACUACGAAGAAGAGUUUCCUGAAAUCGACACAAGAUCGGAAGCGGGAACUACAGUGACUGAAGGCAGAAGGGCGUGGAGACCCAAACAGAGCCAACGAGUAAGCAACAAGGGAGAGGCAAAGCAGAACAAAGAUACAGAACAACGAAAACACAGCGGGAAUAGAACGAGCACGAGGACUUUGGAUGAAAAUCCGUAUAAAAGUACGGAGUUCGAAAGGAUGCUGAUGGAAAUGAAGGCGUUUUGGAAGAAUGUAGGGUUGGUAGGGAAGCUGAAGCAACUGCAGGAAGCGAUCAAGGAGGAGAUGUGCAAUAAGCAAACGGACAUAAGUUACGAGGAGCUCAUUAUCAGGAUAAGCACGGUGAUAGGAGAAAUAGCAGGAGAGGUGGUUAGUAAUAUGGCUACAAGCGAGGAACGAUUAAACAAAAAGUCAGAAGAAGAUAGCAGUCAGAACAAUGGAGUGUAAAAAUAUAAAAG